AUGUUUGGAGUUUAUGUCAAAGGAUUUGUCUCUGUGAAUGUUUUCCUUCAAACUUUUUUCCCUCUCUGUCUCUUCCAGAAUAACCAGGUUCUGGCUUGGUGUGAAAUCCACAGACGCUGUGCUGAGUGCCUUCAGCCAUGCAAAGAAUUGUGGGAACCCAGGAAGGUCAUCACUUCAAAGUCAUGUGAGAAACAGACAGAGUGUGUGACGAGCAGGGAGUUUCUGGCCUCUCUGAGGUUGUCCCGCCAGGGAGACUGCCCCCCACCUCAGCGAGCCACAGGAUUCGCUGCAGCCUGUGUCGAGAGCUGCUCAUUAGACCAAGACUGUCCGUCCACCAGAAAGUGUUGCUCUAAUGGCUGCGGGCACACUUGUCAAGCACCAGCCAAUUUAUAUAAAGGUGUGCCCUUGAAACCUCGCAGGGAGAUGCGAUUUGUGGAGGACCAAGAGGGUCAUGUGAAGGUGGCGUGGGUGUCAAAGUUCAAUGUCAGCAUGGAGCCUGUCAUUUACGUGCUUCAGUCCCGCUGGAACAUCGGCAUUCACCCCAGUGAGGACCACGCCUCUCCAUGGGCCACUGUUGUCAUGACGCUCUCUGAAGAUGUGGUGAUAUCCAAUCUGAGGCCUCAACGCUGGUAUCAGUUCAGGGUUGCAGCCAUCAACAGCCACGGCAGCAGAGGCUUCACCACACCCAGCAAACACUACAUCUCCAGUAAAGACCCAUCCCCUCCUGAGCCUCCGACAAACAUCAAAGUGAUUAACCAAAGUCUAGAACGGGCGGAUUCACAAGUAGCGCCUGAGUUCACAGAAAGGUUAGCGGGAAGUAGAGCCACAGUGGCUGUGUUGUUACACUGGGAGCUCCCCAGAGAGGGGGACCUGCCUGUUCACAACUACAGAAUAACCUGGAUGUCUCGACACGCACGCAAAACUCAUAAACACUCGGUCCAAGCACAACCCCACACAGAGCACAUCAACAAGCAUUCGCUAUCAGCUCACUUCCAGACACAAGACCAGGGUAAAAAGGAGAGCAACACUGUCCUGACUCAUGGGACGCAGACCGAGCUGUUGCUGCAGGGCCUGCUGCCUGCCACUCCGUAUGUCGUGUCUGUCCAAGCGGUGGCCUACUGGGGACAGAAGAGGCUGAAGAGUCACAGAGCUCAGCUGUUUUUCACAACUAUCACUCAUGAAGGCGAAGACUUCUCCAACGAGCUGCCUUCUUCCUCGUCAUCCUUAUCCCUUCCCUCGUCUCCCUUUGAAACUUCCUCCUCACCUUCCUCCCAUAAGCUUCCUGAGUCUUCCCAUCAGGCUCAUGGGGACUUGCCUUCCAAUCCCUCUGAGAAUCUGCGGCUGGAGGUUGCUGCCCCUCAUUUUCACAACAAUCAGCUGCAGGUGAAGGUGUUCUGGAAGUGGUCUCAUCUCGCCAGGCGGAGACACAGAGGUCCUUACAUUCUGAGGUGGCACCCCCACACCUGCAGUACAAAUAUCACGGGCGCAGACAGAACCACAACAGUGGAGGGCACCCAUCACACCAUCAAAGGCCUGCAAUUUGCCUGCAAGUACAGGGUCUCAGUGGCAAUGGUGGCUGAUCCGGGGGUAGAGGCUGUUGCUUGGGUUACAACGCCAACUUGCUCCUCCAUCAGGGUCAGAGGAGACAAAGCGUUGCCCUGCAACAAAGAGGAGCGCCCUCUGUCAGGGAGAAAGGUGGUACUGCGUCCAGAACAACUGACUGCAGACUUUGAACAAGUCAAUGGUACCUUGCUUACGACGUUUCGCUGGAGGAUGGCCCAUCAUGCAAUGGACUCAGCUGCCGUUCAAGGCUUCCAGUUCACCUGGAGUCUACAAUCUGAGCUCAGUGCUGCAAAAGGGAGAAAUGAAGAUGCUCUUAUCUCCCAGACCCAAACAAUCGCACUGUCUGAACGUUCGGUCACCGUUGAUGGUCUUCAGGCUGACAGCAUGUACCGGGUCCAGCUCCAGGUGCUGACUGCAGGUGGCAGGACUGGAGCUGCCAUCUCAAAGACCAUACACACUCCAGCAACUAACACCACACUUUGAUAGGUCAAAACCCCUAGAACGGCUAACCUGUGCUGCACCAUGGCCAUCUUUUCCAACAACCACUCCUCCACCUUCUUACAUCGUACCAUCUUGGCUGCAGAAAGCAUGCACAAAGACUUUAAUAUAAAUAAAAUGAAUAUUUCACAUGGAAAUUAUUCUCUGCCUUCAGCUGUCACUUUCACUUUAAUCAAAUGCCAAACCCAAUCAAUGCUAAGAGUUGGACCUUAAUUUAUCCAAAGUAACUCCAUAAUCUUUUAGUGGAUUUUUUGGGGGGGUUUUGACAAAAAAAAAAACUGACUGUACCUCUGUGGUUCCAAUUUUUACAGUACCUAUGGGUUGUAUUUUGCAGCAUAACAUUUCUAUAUAUUUUCUUAUUAAUGCAGCCUUUUUAAUUGAAUCCUCACAUCAGUAGUGACCAUAGGCUAUGUGGGGAAUGAAGCCUGGUAAGAUAUUUGCAUUUGUUUGGUGUUUAUAUGAGACUGGAAACUCUGACAGCUCUGACAACCUUACAUAAUUUGAGUCAAAAACAGUUAAAUAGACUUUGUUUGCAAAUGUUUUUUGAUCCCACUUGUAAAGAAAAGUAUAGCACUGACCUUAUGUAAAAAUAGCAAUGUACAGCAACAGAAAUGUCUUUUUGUUUUAAAAAUAUUUCAAUGAAAGCUGAAAUAUUUGACUUUUUUUACUUUGUUUCUUUUAUAAAUUUUUGCUGUAAAAGUUAUAUUUGUUUGAAAGGGCAGGAACAUCCAGUGUCAUUCAACCUUUAAUUACUUUGUUAAUAUUUUGUCCUAGGUAACUUUCAACUAUUCUGGAUUUUCUUGUGAUUCCUUUACUUUUUGACUGAGGCUAAUUUAUUGCUUUCUUAUCCAGUUUGUUUUUGUAAUUAAAGUUUAUUAACACACACUA